UUGGGACACAGAAGAGAGGGAGAGGGUGGGAGCUUCCACUCACUCUUACAGUAUGUGAUCACCCGUCUGCUGCAUUACUCUACAAAGCCAUUCCUCUAUAUUCCUCCACUCCCUCCAUCUCUUCUCCGCUCUAUCUCUCUGUAAGCAGCAUUCUCCUAUCGCGCUCACUGCCUCACAGCUUUCUGCCGUGCCACAGCACAUCUCUCUCUCCCCUCGGCUCCUCUCUCUCCCCAGAGAGGAUGACAUCCCUGAAUUUGAUGAACCAGCGAAGCUCUCAUUCUGGCUGGUGGCUUCCGAGGGAGACCCCACAUGAACGGGCUUACUGGACGAGGAGGUGCCGCGUCUAAGGAGCUUUGUAGAAAAGCUGUCAGCUGUUGCAGUCCCUGAAUUAGUGACUACAUCCAUCAACCCUCUAAAUACGACUGUCUCCUUUGGAAAAGCAUCAUUUAAAACACAAAACAGCCAGACUUGCUGGACACAUGUCACAGGUAUUACUCUUCACAUGGUUGAACAGGAGAUCUCCCUUGGCCAGAGGAAGAUGUCUGAUCUUGAGUUGGUGCUGCAGCAGAAGGAUAUAGAGUUGAAGGCCUCAGAGACCCAGAGGAACAUCCUGGAACAGGACCUGGCAACCUACAUCACAGAAUGCAGUAGUCUGAAGCGCAGUUUGGAACAGGCUAGAAUGGAGGUGUCACAGGAGGACGACAAAGCGCUGCAGCUCCUGCAUGACAUCCGGGAGCAGAGCAACAAGCUUCAAGAGAUCAAAGAGCAGGAAUAUCAUGCCCAGUUGGAGGAGAUGCAAGUGUCCAUAAGACAACUGGAGGAGGACCUGUCUGCUGCCCGUCGCCGUAGUGACCUGUAUGAGUCUGAACUGAAAGAGUCUCGGCAGACCAAUGAGGAACUAAAGAGAAAGUCUACCGACUACCAGCAUAGGAUGCAAAAGGUCAAAGAGCAAGGCAAAGCAGAUGCAGAGGAGCUGAUCACCAAGUUGGAAAAGACGAGUACUGAGCAGCAGACCAGGAUCCAGGAUCUUCAAGAGAAACUUGCCAAGUCUGUAAAGGCCACUGCUGAGGCUACAGACCUCCUUCAGAAUAUGAGGGUGGCCAAAGAGCGCAUGGAACGAGAUCUGGAGAGACUACACAACAAGGAAGACUCCAGUGACAGCCUGCGUAGACGCCUCCGUGAGACUGAGGAUGGAAGGAAGACUCUGGAGAACCAGGUAAAAAGGCUGGAGAUUGUGGAGCGCCGGGAGACUAAACUGAAGGACGAGCUCCAGAGCAAGGCCGGGCAGAUUCAGCAGAUGGCAGAUAAGAUUCUGGCGCUGGAGGAGAAUUUGCGAGAGACCCAAACCACAGCCCAGCGGUUGGAGACUCAUCUGAAGCAGAAGGAGAAGCUCUAUGAAGACAAGAUAAAGGUGUUGGAGGCCCAGAUGAAGGCAGACAUGGCUGAUAAGGAGAUGCUGGAGUCCAGUCAGAGCAAAUAUGAGGAGGAGGUGCGGGAGAAGUGCAGCAUCAUCAGCGAACAGAAGGCGACCAUAAAUGCUAUGGAGUCUAAGAUGAACAGCCUGGAGCAGAGAAUUGCUGAGCUGUCUGAGGCCAACAAAAUGGCAGCCAACAGCAGUAUCUACACCCAGAAAAACAUUAUGUGUGGUCUCGGCAGGAAAGCCCAGGAGGAGAUGAUCUCAGAGCUUCGCCAACAAAAGUUCUACUUGGAGUCUCAGGCUGGGAAGUUGGAGGCCCAGAAUGCCAAACUGGAGGAGCAUCUAGAGAAAAUAAGCCAGCAGGAGCAAGGCAAUAAGAGUCGUGUGCUGGAGCAGGAAACAAGGCUCCGAGAGAUCGGUAUGGAGCAUGAGGAGCAGAAGUUGGAGAUUAAGCGUCAGGUGACAGAUCUGACUCUGUCGCUGCAGGAGCGCGAGUCACAGAUCAGCAAUCUGCAAGCAGCUCGCCACGCUCUGGAGAACCAACUACAGCACGCCAAGACCGAGCUGGAGGAGACCACUGCAGAGGCUGAGGAGGAGAUCACUGUGCUCAGAGCACACAGAGAUGAGAUACAACGCAAGUUUGAUGUCUUGAGAGACAGCUGUGCGGUGAUCACAGAUCUGGAGGAGCAGCUGACCACACUGACUCAGGAGAACAGUGAACUGAACCGCCAGAACUUCUACCUGUCCAAGCAGCUGGAUGAAGCCUCUGAUGAGAGAGAGGACCGGCUGCAACUCAGCCAGGAUGUGGACCGGCUGCGUCGGGAGGUGGCCGAUCGUGAAAUGCACCUUAACAACCAGAAACAGAACUUGGAGACACUGAAGACCACAUGCACCAUGCUGGAGGAACAGGUUUUGGAACUGGAGUCCCUGAAUGACGAGCUGCUGGAGAAGGAGAGACAGUGGGAGGCCUGGAGGGCAACACUGGAGGAAGAGAAGAACCAGGCUGAGAGGAGGACCAGGGACAUCCAGAGACUGCUGGAUACAGAGAAACAGAACAGGCAUCGUUCAGAGCAGCGCAGCACUGAGUCUCGCCAAGCUGUUGAGCAGGCUGUUAAGGAGCACAAAGCUGAGAUCCUGGCCCUGCAGCAGGCCCUCAAAGACCAGAAACUCAAAACUGAGAACCUUGCCGACACUUUGAAUGGUCUGGAGAAGAAGCAUACAAUGCUGGAGAUGAACGCCCACAGUUUGCAGCAAAAACUGGAGAGCGAGAGGGAUCUGAAGCAAAGACUGCUGGAGGAGCAAGAGAAACUGCAGCAGCAGAUGGAUGCCCAGAAGACCCACAUCUUCCGCCUGACCCAGGGGCUGCAGGACGCUCUGGACCAGACUGACCUGCUGAAGACUGAAAGGACUGACCUGGAAUACCAGCUGGAGAACAUCCAGCUCCACCUGCAGGCUGUGUACUCCCAUGAGAAGGUGAAAAUGGAGGGUACCAUCACCCAGCAGACCAAGCUCAUAGACUUCCUCCAGGCCCAAGCCCAUGGUGGCUCCAAAAAGAAAAAGGGUCUGUUUGGGCGUCGUCGAGAGGACCUGUUGGCUGCCAUGGCUGCCCAGGCCCAGGCCCAGGGUCAGGGUCAGGGGCAAGGCCAGGUUUCCCCUGUGCCCUCCAUCCAGCCGGUGCCUCUGCAGUACAGCGACAUGAAGCUAGCCCUGGACAAAGAACGCAAUCGCUGCUCUGAGCUGGAAGAUGCCUUGCAGAAAAUGAGAGCGGAGCUGCGAUCUCUGAGAGAGGAAGCGCUCCAGUAUAAGGAUCAUGGUAACUCUGCAAACCCGGCCGCAGCACGGCAGCAGAUGAUUAUGUCUGCCAUGGUGAAGUCUCCUGAGCACCAGCAGGGCCCGACCAACCUGGCAACCUCCAACUCAGAACGCAGGAAGGCGACUGCAACACCUGAGGAGAGAAGGAGGGUCACUUUUGAAAAGUUUAGCCGCCGUUUGAAGGACAGUCAGCGAGACAGAGAGAGGGAGAGAGAGAGGGUGGUGCAUCACAACACCCCUCACCGCUUCACAGUGGGACUCAACAUGAGAGCUGCCAAGUGUACUGUGUGCCUGGAUACUGUGCACUUUGGUCGCCAGGCUGCUACCUGUCUUGAAUGUCACGCUUUGUGCCACCCAAAAUGCUCCCCCUCUCUCCCUGCCACAUGUGGCAUGUCCAGCGACUGCUCCCUGCAUUUGUCUGAGGGCCUAUGUCGGGACAAAGGCAGCUCCCAAGGCCAACAGCUCAAAGAGGCCAGCGGGCACAUGCACCUAGAGGGCUGGAUGAAACAGCCUAGGAAUGGGAAGCGAGGUCAGGGCUGGGAGAGAAAAUAUAUGGUCCUGGAUGGGACUAAAGUGUCCAUCUACGAGACAGAGCCAAGAGAAGAUUCAGUGAAGCCACAGGAAGAGUUUGACCUGUGUAUGUCCGAUGGAGAAGUGGUUGUUCAUGGAGCAGUGGGGGCAUCUGAGCUACCCAACACAGCCAAGUCAGAUAUUCCCUACGUUCUAAAGCUGGAGUCUCGUUGCCACACCCCAUGCUGGCCUGGACAGUCAAUUUGCUUCAUGGCUCCCAGUUUCCCAGACAAACAGCGCUGGGUGGCUGUCAUGGAGUCCGUGGUGGCUGGAGCACGAGCCUCACGGGAGAAGGCCGAGGCCGACGCAGCUGCUGUGUCCAAAAGACAAAUGGUUUUGUCUCCUCUGAUCCAGAAGCUGCUCGGAAACUCUCUCCUAAAGCUUGAGGGAGACGAUAGGCUGGAUAUUAACUGUACCCUCCCCCUCACAGAUCAGAUAGUUCUGGUGGGCUCUGAAGAGGGUCUGUACGCCCUGAAUGUUAUCAAGAACUCUCUGACUCACAUCCCUGGCCUGGGAUCAGUCUUUCAGAUCCACAUCAUCAAAGAGCAGGAGAAACUGCUGAUGAUUGUUGGGGACGAGAGGGCAUUGUGUCUGGUGGAGAUUAAGAGAGUAAAGCAGUCCCUGUCCCAGUCCCACCUGCCCAGCCAGUCUGAACUGGCUCCCUACAUCUUUGAGACGGUGAAGGGCUGCCAUCUGUUUGCUGCUGGGAGAAUAGACAACGGACCUUGUAUAUGUGCUGCUAUGCCUAACAAGAUAACCAUUCUGCGCUACAAUGACAAUCUCAACAAAUUCUGCAUUCGUAAGGAGAUUGAAACUCUGGAGCCCUGCAGCUGCAUCCACUUGACCAGCUACAGCAUCAUCAUUGGCACCAACAAGUUCUACGAGAUUGAAAUGAAGCAGUUUGUGCUCGAGGAGUUCCUGGACAAGAAUGACGUGUCUCUAGCCUCAGCAGUGUUUGCAGCCUCUUCCCACAGUUUCCCCAUCGCCAUCAUGCAGGUGGUCAGCAGCAUGCAGAAGGAGGAAUACCUGCUGUGUUUUCACGAGUUUGGAGUGUUUGUGGACACGUACGGACGAAGAAGUCGCACUGAUGAAAUUAAGUGGAGCCGUCUGCCUCUGUCCUUUGCCUACAGAGAGCCCUACCUGUUUGUCACCUACUUCAACUCUCUUGACGUCAUCGAGGUGCAGGGACACGCUGCUCUGGGUCCUACAGUGCUGGCUCACCUGGACAUCCCCAACCCCCGCUACCUGGGCCCAGCCAUCUCCUCCGGGGCCAUCUACCUGGCCUCCUCCUACCAGAACAAACUGCGGGUCAUCUGCUGUAAGGGAAGUCUGAUCAGAGAGUCUGGAGAGCUGCAGAGGACCGGCUCCAGCAGAGGUAGUCCCAGUAAGCGAGGCCCCCCCACCUACACAGAGCACAUCUCCAAGCGUUUGACCUCAGGCCCCGGAAGCCACGACGGCCUGCAUCGGGAGCCCAGCACUCCCCAUCGCUACCGGGAGGGCCGCACUGAGUUCAGACGGGACAAGUCUCCCGCCCGGCCGCUGGACAGGGAGAAGUCGCCCGGCAGAGUGCUCGACAGUCGCAGGGAGAGGUCACCCGGGAGAUUCGGAGACAGCACCCGACUCCAUGCGGGGUCUGUCCGAACACAGCUCGCCCCUGUUACCAAGGUGUGGGAUCAGUCAUCGGUGUGAAUCCAGUUCGGCUCUGCCCCUGACUGGAGGUUGAAGAGAAACUAUGGGAAACCAUGCAUCCACUCUUGAGUGCAAGCGCACACACAUGCACACAAACACAUCGCUCAGGCUGCACGUCAGCCCCAUCGCCUGUACAUAGUGCGGCCUCAGUACCUCGUAACAACACGUAAACCUGCACUGCGAGACGUCUCCUGCGACAAUCCUCUCUUUUCUGACACGUGCUUUCUUGGGAGAAAUCCCACAGUAGAUUUGGAGGGAACCUACGCUGAUCUACAGGGCAAGAGUACUUUAUGAUAUGUACUCAAAGUUGUAAAUAUAUUGCUGUAUGAGUUUUUAUAGAUAAAGGGAAUAGUUGGCUGGAAAGCCAUGUCUAUUUUUUUUAAAAAGACUUUCUAAAGAUGUUGCAGGGAGAUUACUGAUGUGGUUGGUUACGAAACUCAAAUCUCAACAUUUCACUAGAAUCUGAAGUUAUCCUGUUAGGUCUUUCUCUCUGUUUAGAGAAUCCAACCAACAUUUAAUUGCACACAUAAAUCCUGAUGAGGAAGAUGUCCGAGGAGGCAACACUUUGCACAUGAGAUUGGAUUUGAACAGGAGUUAAAGCUUGUUCUUGUUACAUGACCAGUCUUCUUUUUUUGGAUCAAAUCUAUGGUCCUCUUGACUCAAUAGUCUUUGAAAUAUAAUUGCAUUUGAAUGCUUUAUUGACAGUUGUCAUCCGGCCAUACUUUGUAAAAAAUUAUUAGUAAGCAAUGUUUUGCGCCAAGUGUUCCUUGUGUUGUUUAUAGCAAACCUAAGAUCAAGAAGCAUACAGCUCUGCCUCUGACGCCGGACGGCUGACGCUGCCUCAGCUUGCUCUUAGCCCGCUACUGCUGCUAGUUAUGGUACAGAUGUCCUGUUUCUGUGCAGUGAUAUGAAGUCUAGUAUUCGUCAGGGGUUGUCACUUUCUAGUAUUGUUUCUUCGGAGCCGGUAAGACCACCUCCAUUCGUCACAUCAGUGAUAGCAUGACUAACUUAGAGCAGCACUUGUCGCUUUUUUGAUCUUGAUUCUCUCUUGGUUGUUCUUUUCUGUCACGUAUUCACUUGAAUUUGCUUUCAGUAAGUAGACGUUGAUGUUAGACAGUAACUUAAAGAUUUUCUUGAUUUUUAGAGAUGUAUACCAGUACAUGCAUUAAACAUGAAUAAAGUGUC